CACAAAAUGGGCAGAGACUUCUUCUAGUUUUAUAUUUUCUUUAAAUAGAGCGAAUGUUGGUCAAUCUAUUGUUAGUAGAGUAAUAAAUUAUAGUAAAGCAAUUCGAAAUUCACAUGGGCCAUCAUUUGGCGAUGGUGAUUUGUGGGUGAAAGUCACUUGUGUUAGAAAUCUUGCCCUUCCUAGUUUUUGUAGACCGAGAAGUUAUGAGAGAAGAAUUUUUGAUUUAGAACAAUUUCAUGUGGAAGAUUAUGAAGUAUUUCAGAAUAUAGUUUCCGAAAAUGGUGCUUACACUUUGGUUUUAAAAUCCUCUAGUGUUGUUAUUGAAUCAACAAGUCAACAUAAUGCAAAUGGCCAACAAUAA